AUGACCGGCGUCGAUGCCAACACCAACCACCGCCUUGCCCGCGCCUACUGGUACAUCGCCGCUACCGUUGUGGGAUCACUCAUGCUGAUUCGAGGCAUCAACUACGUCGGUGCUGUCAAGAGACUCAAAGCCGCUCGCAGCCAGUCAACGCCUGAUCCCACUCGUCCAGAUGGCUUCGUCAGCCAGUGCUGGGCCACCGCAACCGCCAUGGUCCGCGAAAUGAGCCAUCCCCAGCUCUUCGUCCCCCUCCGCCACUUCACCUGGCUCACGCCGCCUCCCCUGGGCCGCGUCCUGGUGCUGCUCUGCUACUGGGCCGUCAUCAUCUACUUCAUGACCUGGCACUCCAUCAUCCACGACAUCAACUUCUAUGAGCGACUCGCCUACCGCAACGCCUGGGUCACGCUCACGCAGCUGCCGAUGCUCUUCCUGCUGUCCAGCAAGGUCAACAUCGUCGGCUUCCUCAUCGGCACCAGCCACGAGCGGCUCAACUGGCUGCACCGUUGGGUGGCGCGCACAAUGUUCGUCACCGCCACCGUCCACGGCUUCAACUUCUGGACCGAGUGGGUGCGCGGCGGCAUCCUGCAGGACGAGCUGGACAUGAUGACAAUGGUCAAGUACGGCCUGGGCGCCUGGGGCAUCCUGUUGUGGAACGUCGUCGUCGGCUUCGUGCCGAUACGGCGAAUGGCCUACGAGUUGUGGGUGCUGCAGCACGUUGCCUCGUCCGUCGUCAUGUUGGUGCUCGUGUAUUGGCACAUUCCCACCAACGCCCGCUUCCUCUUCUGGCUGGCCGUUUCGUUUGUUGUCUUUGACCGCGCCGCUCGAUGGGUGCUGCUGUUGUGGCAUAACCUGCGGGUCAGGGCCGGCGGAUCAGCGUGUCAGGGGCGACGUCGAAUUGGCCACCAGAUCCUGGCGCGAACCGUGGGAAACGCGACCACCGUCGUCACCAUCAAAGAUGUGCAUUUCGACUGGAUUGCCGGCCAGCACAUCUACCUGUGGCUUCCGCGGCUGGGGCCCCUGGAGGCGCACCCGUACACCAUUGCCUGUGCGCGCAAGCUUAAGGGGACGUGCUGCUGCAACAGCAUCCAGCUGAUUCUGCGCAAGCACAAGGGCUUCUCUAAGCGCAUUCACGACUAUGCCUCCAAGAAUCCCGAGGGCACUCUGACCGGCUUCCUCUAUGGUCCGUUUGGCGCGCCCCCUCGGUGGGAUAUUUACGAGACCAUGGUUCUCAUCGGCGCAUCGACCGGAGCAAGCUUCACUCUGCCGCUGCUCGAGGCCGCAGCCCAGGCCGACUUUGUGGGAUGCGUCAAGAGCAUCGACGUGCUGCUGAUUGCCAGGACCUCCAAGGAGAUGGAGUACUAUGUCCAGCGAGCACGAGCGGCUGGCGAGGCUCUGGUCGAGAAAGGCGUCGCCGUCAACAUCCAUCUUGCCGUUACCAACUCUGCACUCGGCACCGAUGGCCUUCCCCUCUCACGCAACGACACCAGCACUUCACACAACUCGGCUGCUAGCAAUAGCAACAGCAGCAGUAGCAGCUCCGAACUCGAAGAGGUCGUCAAAGAUGGCGCAAAGUCUUCCUGCUGCUGCGACACCAAGACGCCCCAAGAAUCUCCCGCGGACAACGACGAAAAGGAAAAGCUGGAGAACGCGACAACAACGGCCCUGAUGGCCCCGUCCCGCUUCCCCGUCAUCCGCGAAUACUCUUCCCGCCCCGACAUGGAGCAGCUCAUCCGGCAGCCCGUCGAGGCGGCGCGCGGCGAGACAGCUGUGGUCGUCUGCGGCGGGCCUGAGAUUGUGGCUGCGACGCGCAACUGCGUGAGUCGGUUGAGCGAUGAGCGGGCGGUACAUAAGGGGACGGGGGCGCAGGGCAUCUAUCUGCACGUGGAAGAGUAUGCUUUUUGA